AUGGUCAGGAUCUUUCUUUUUGUUAUCAUUCUGUUCAGUUUCGUCUCCAGUUGCCAUCUUCAAGAGCGGUUAUCUUCAUAUUUUACCUUUUCGUAUGGAGAAAAACUACGUGUAAAUUUUCAUAACAUUGUAGAGUUCUACGCGGAUAGUGAGCUAGCAUGUGCCUUACGAUGCAGCCGCGUGGAACACUGCGACAAAGCGAUAUUUCAAAAAGCCUCUAAAAAAUGUUUUUGGUAUCAAAACGAUCAGUGCUCCAAAGAUCCCAACUUAGGUGAAAACAUGAAAAUGAAGAAAGCAAGAGCUCUAACUAUAACAAAGGUAAGAAAUGACCUUCACCGUAAAUUUAACAACUGAAAAAUCUUUAUUUUUAGCAAUUAUAGUCAAGAAUUCCACGCUACGAAACUCUUCUAACCGAACCUAAAUAUCCCACAAAGGUAAUGAAUGACACUGGCGCCAGUAAAAUAUUUUUUUAUGGCAUGGAAUGAAACAAAAUGACCCGAAAUGAUAUCAAUUCGUUGUCCAAAGCCUCAAUUGAUUUAAGAUUAUGUCACAGAUACUACAAACAAUUCAAAUUUCUCACGGCAAAUAUGUUAAAUAAAAAGUAUUUUGUUUCACCUCAAUGCCUCCUGAGAACAACGGAGGUGUGAGAACACUUAUGAACCACUUUUAUGAAAAAGACGGAAGAGAGGACACUGACAAAGAACAAAUAUAUUUUUGCAACAAACUGGAUUCAAAGCCGAAAAUGUUCAAUCAUGUUAGCAAUAAGAGGACAAAUCAAUCAUAGCAGUGAAUAAAAACGAAUAUCAAAAAACACAUUAGUACUUAAGAUGGAUCUCUGUCAAUUCAUAUUGACAGUACUCAAUACUAAUUUGUUGAGGUGUAGUUGUCUUUGACGAUUACAUUUGGUUUAAGCGAUAACUACAGCGAUAACAAAAUAAAGUAAAUCAGUUUAAAGGGAACUGUCUCCUCAAAUUAAAGUAAACAGUACCUCUAUUAUUUCAAAAUAAACUUUAAUUUAUAUCUAAGUGUCAAAAAGGUAUUAAAACAACGGGACAGAACACCUUGACUUCACACAAAGCAAAACGAAAACGAAGAGCUGUUGAUUGUUAUCGACACUUUAGUAAGAAAGACCUUUUUCAUUUUUCACAACCCAUCUCUAUUGCUGUAAAAGUAACUUGGACACUGUUCAAGUGCUAUCUUUAUAUCAUGUGCGAUCAAAAUGAGGUUAAAAGUUUAUCCUAUAUCAAACUUUGUUAACGGUAAAAAAGAACAUCAGAUUGAUCUCCCGACUUUUACGAGGCUUUUUGGGCAGCUUUCUUUCUCAACAGAAAGUUUCUUUCAAAGCUGCACAUACUACAUUUCUACUUCACAGCAUGCUUCCUUUUGAAAGUUUUUAAACUCUUCUUUUCACAGGGUUUUAAAGCAUGUUAUAUAACUUCCACAUUUUAAGAGAUAUAUGCAGGGUUCUGUCGUUUAAGACUGUCGCAAAAUUGUCGUAGGCAAGAACAAUUAUUUCGUUAAAAUCAGGCGCUUUAUUCCAAAUGUUAAAUAACUUUUGGAAUAAAGUAAAUAUUAAAUGAACAAAUUUCGCAAUUUUCAUAAAAGCACUAACGAAUUUUUGGAAAUUCGCGGUUGACUCGUAACCAAGCGAAGUUUUGAAAAUUUAGCAGAUUUCGUUGUUUUUCCAAACUGCCUCCCUUGAUCAUCCCCAAUAUAUUUUCUUCGAUGCUUUUGCAAAUUUCAGUAAGAUACGUUACGUGAGAAUUUUUACGAAAUUCUGUUUAAAAAAAUAGUAAGUUGAGUAAUAAUGUCUGUUAUAUUUUUUGCGCAUAAAGUUGUUCAAUCCAGCCAAAAACAAGCGGAAGUCAGACUGUUAUAACAAAGGCAGCAAGAAUACAGGUAAGAAGAAAAACAGGGAUCAAUAUCAGUAUCUGGGCAACUGCCCACUUACCCCUCCCCUAAUUCAACAACAGUCAAUUGACAACAAGUUUAGGUUAAUGUUGGGUUAGGGGAGGGGUAGGUGGGCAGUUGCCCAGAUACUGAUAUUGAUCCGAAAACAGAAGGGCACAUAGAUGACCACCACAAGGACAUGAAGUUGAUUGGAAUCGAAAAGAAAAAAAAAGGAAAGGAAGAAUGCUUGUAAUCAGUAAUAAGUUUUAUGAAUUUUUGGUUCAAUAUAGUCUCUUGAAUUCCAAUGUGACUGAUGAUUUUAUUACAAAAAACAAGCCCCAAUAUAUUUCAAGAGUUUAAAGUUUUCUGACAUUAGCAGUAUAUUACUCACUGUGAUUUGUUCCAAAGGUCGACACAGAACCACUUGGACGUCAUGCCAUGACAUUCUGCAAAGAAACAGGUAUGUGUUUGUUAUUAAAAAAAAACAACCAAAAACAACAACUCUAAAACGCACACCUGAGUAAAGAAAAGUUAGGGGCUUUUGUUAAUCUGUACAUCUAAUUAGAAACCUACUCCCUAGCGUAUUACCGUUUUACAAGAUUCUAGCGAGUUCAAAUCGUAAACUUUCUGGGAAAAAAAAAACCAACAAACAAGCAAACAAAAUCAAAGCGUGUGAAAAUGGUACACUUAAAAAUAAUGGAUGAACAUGUUGAUUAACGACGAAGAUGGCUUUAUUUCUUGUCACCACAGCUCAAGUGAAAGUGGCCAUUACUAUAUAAGAAUCGGAAACGUCACGUGGAGGACUCACUGUAGAAUGAAGGGCAUUCCCGGAUGUGGAAAGGGAGCCUGGGCAUUAGUAAUGAGACUUAACGGCUCCAGGGUAUGUUGUUACCAAUCUUUGCAAAAACGUCGAUCUUAAAUGAGAUCACAUUCCUUUGUACUAUUGCGUCAAUGCCGACUAUCGGCAGCACGGCGCUUGACUUGCACGGCGAACUCUUACAUGCAGAAAUUCAAUCUUCCUAAUAGCAACUGUUUUACUUCUCAGAACACGUUCCUUUAUGACUCGCAUUACUGGACCAGCCAAGCCUCGGCUGAAAAAGGAACAGAGAUCAAGACUCCUGGAUACUGGCUCAGCAAUUUUACAAAGAUAUGUAUCACCAUGGAGUUUACACCACUUUAUUCCCAGAACACAGCUAUACUGGUAAACUACACUGAACAGUCGCUUUACACCGCCCUUGAGAAGGGAAUGAAGAUGUCAUGGCACGUAGGACAUGACGCUACCUCAAACACCCCACUUAGUAUCGAUAAAAGCUGUCUCAUCCAAGGCUUCAACAUGCUCGGGCCACACCCAUGGAACAUAAAGUCACGUGUUGGAGUAGAGUCUCAGCCUGUGCAUUGGUGCAAUUUACCGUAUUUAGUGCGAGGAGUUGGUAUUGGUUACAGUUUCAGGGGUAAAUCACAAAUAAGUUGUGGUGAUGUCAUUAUAAGAGGCCAUUUUAAAGAAACUCAUCCAGCUUUUUGUAGAAUAUACAUUCAGUAG